AAUCUUCAUUUUCUUCUUCGCUUUAUCCUCAUCCCAGUCCCUCCCUGUGUUACCCUUCCCUCGCUUCUGUGCCGCCUUUAGCUCCCUUGCUUUCUCCAACGGAUCAAUCACCACCAGCUCUUCUUCAUUCUUCCGCUUCCAUUCAAGGUCUUUACCUAGACGGUCCUUGGCAAAGCUCAGCAGUACAAGAUUGACAGCCGACCACAAAAUGGAGAUCGCAUGGGACUUCUUCUUCUUCUGCACUCUGUGGAGGUUGCGCAGCGGUGCUGGGAGUACCGUUGCCUACUUCAUCGACGACAGGAGACUUCAUUCGGGUAUCCGCAGGUGUUGCAGCUUCAAGCUUAGAUUUAAAUUUGUUGAGGAUAUCAAUGGUAGCUUGCUCCGAAGACGCGUUGUUACCUGCAGCACCUCUCUUCCGACCGCGCGUUGUGUUUGCGGGGACCAUGGAAUCUAACAGGGACUUUUUCUUCACAGGUUCGUCGCGCUGAGCUGUAGUGUUUCGCUUCAUAGAAGCUUUGAGUUCGGCGAUCUGUUUGUUCACUCGAUCCAGCUUGGACUGUUUCUCCG